AUGGGGAAGUUCAAGAAAAUUCAAGAACUAGUCAAAGAAGAAAAGACGGAAGUGGAUAGUGGAGAGGAAGAAGGAACUGCUACAGAUGAAGAUACUUCUGAAGACGAAGGAUUGACCGUAGAAGAAAAGGCUGAGGAGAAAAAGCGAGCUUUACUGUGGACAAAUCGGGAACGCGUGCUGGUUCUGUGUUCUCGUGGAGCUGACGUUCGCACGAGGCACUUGAUGAACGAUAUUAAGGUGUUGAUGCCUCACGCAAAAGGAGAUUCGAAACUUGAUAAACAGAAGUCUCUGGUUGUCAUCAACGAGAUUGCUGAAAUGAAGAAUUGUACAAAAGUACUCUAUUUUGAAAGCAGGAAGCAUAAGGAUGUCUACUUGUGGAUGAGUAAUGUUGAUAAUGGUCCUUCUAUAAAAUUUCUUGUGCACAAUAUGCAUACAAUGAUGGAAUUAAAAUUGUCUGGGAAUUGUUUAAAGGCAUCUCGGCCAAUUCUUUCAUUUGAUAGCAGAUUCGAUGAGGAGCCACAUUUGACGCUCAUUAAACAUGCUCUGAUGCAGACUUUCGCCACACCUAAUCAUCAUCCUCGGAGUCAGCCAUUCUUUGACCAUGUGUUCUCAUUCUCCGUGACUCCGGAUAAGAAAAUCUGGUUUAGGAACUUUCAAAUUGUUGAUGAGACCCUUCAGUUACAAGAGAUUGGACCUCGAUUCGUACUUGAAACCAUCCGGAUAUUUGCCGGAUCUUUCGAGGGUGCAGUGUUAUACGACAAUCCGGAUUAUGAAAGUCCAAAUGCGAAGCGAAGAGCCCUCAAGCUGCUUAGUAAAGGAAAGUAUAUCGAAAAACAGUUGUCGAAAAAAGUGGGUUCUAGUGAUCAGAAUUUUACAAUAAAUGACUUCGUUCUGUGA